GCGGGGCCAGCACUCAGUGGCCGGAGCUGUGCGCGCGCCAAGGCGGGAAUUCCAAAGCUAGCAGCUCUGCAAUUAAUGCACAUCUUUUAAACGCCCGAACUGGUGGACGCCAUGCACAGGAAACACCUCCAGGAAAUUCCUGACCAGAGUAGCAACGUCAGCACCAGCUUCACGUGGGGAUGGGAUUCUGGCAAGACUUCGGAACUGCUGUCAGGCAUGGGGGUCUCUACCCUGGAGAAAGAGGAAGUGGACAGUGAGAAUAUUCCCCAAGAGCUGCUCUCCAGCCUGAGUAACCCACAGAGCCCCCCACGAAAGCGGCUGAAAAGCAAAGCCAGUGACAAGGACUUUGUGAUUGCCCGCAGACCCAAGCUCAAUCGCGAGAGCAUUCCAGGUGUGUCAUGGGACGCCCUCCCAGAUGAGCUGCUCUUGGGGAUCUUCUCCUGUUUGUGUCUCCCUGAGCUCCUGAAAAUCGCCAUCGUUUGUAAGAGGUGGUAUCGCCUCGCGAUUGAUGAGUCCCUGUGGCAGACCCUAGACCUCUCAGGUAAAAGUCUGCACCCAGAUGUGAUUGUCCGGUUGCUGUCUCGAGGGGUGAACGCCUUCCGCUGCCCACGGUCAUUUGUGGACCAACCAUUAGUAGAACAUUUCAGCACUUUCCGCGUCCAGCACAUGGACCUGUCGAACGCUGUGAUCGACGUGGCUACCCUCCGUGGCAUUCUGGCUCAGUGCACCAAGCUGCAGAAUCUAAGUCUGGAAGGCCUACAGCUGUCAGAUCCCAUUGUCCAUAAUCUUGCGCAGAACUCCAAUUUAGUGCGGCUGAACCUUUGUGGGUGUUCUGGGUUCUCCGAAUCGGCCCUGGAGGCUCUGCUAAGCAGCUGUUCCAGACUGGAUGAGCUGAACCUCUCCUGGUGUUCGGACUUCACUGAGAAGCACGUGCAGGUGGCAGUGGCACACAUUUCGGAGACCAUCACCCAGCUGAAUCUUAGCGGCUACCGGAAGAACCUGCAGAAGUCAGACGUCUGUACUUUAAUUAGAAGAUGCCCCAAUCUUGUCCGCCUAGACUUAAGUGACAGCGUCAUGCUCAAGAAUGACUGCUUUCAGGAAUUUCACCAGCUCAUCUACCUCCAACACCUGUCACUCAGUCGCUGCUAUGACAUAAUCCCGGAAACUUUGCUUGAACUUGGAGAAAUCCCCACAUUAAAAACACUACAGGUUUUUGGAAUCGUGCCAGAUGGUACCCUUCAAGUGUUGAAGGAAGCGCUGCCUCAUCUCCAGAUUAAUUGUUCCCAUUUCACCACCAUUGCCAGGCCAACUAUUUGCGAGACAAAGAACCAAGAAAUUUGGGGCAUCAAAUGCCGACUGUCACUGCACAGGCCCAGUUGUCUCUGAAGUGCUCACUGCAAGAUGCCUCCCUGUUCUCUGGAACUGGGAAAGCAGAUAGGAAGUCCAAAUGCAGGAGCCCUCAACUCCUUUCAUUCUCAGUGUUUCUUGUACCUUAGCUCUGCAGGCAUCUUGGCGCGAGAGAACAAUUUGAGAGAAAGCCGUGAAGUUGUGCUGUUUUGAAGGUGAUGGUAAACAUUGACCAGGCUGUUGCUUUAAAUUUUUAAAUUGUGGGUCUUAAAAUAUUUUAGAAGACUGAGCCUGUCAUUUUCAAGGCCCCUUCAGGAGCAACACUUGAGCCACCUCUCCCAAGUGCCCUUCUUAUUCAAUCUAUCUAGAAUCAAGCUGAAAAUCAAUGCUAACAAUUAGUUUUCAUAGCUUAGAGUAGCUUAACUUUUUUUUUCUAUUUAAUUUUCCAGUAUUGUUUUUAAUUCUGUAUAAGACAUCGAUUGAACAAUAAGCUACUUGUAUUAUGAGCGGAGCAGCAUGGGAAUCACUGUGUAGUCGCAUUCGACACAAUCUCUUCUGGGGAAAGAAAAAGGAAAUACUACAUUUCAGCCUUGACUUUGGAUUUGGAAUUAGGAUCAUGUGAACACAUGGAAAGCAAAACAAAAUAGGUACAGAAUCAGUGUAGAGUUUGAAAGCUCAAGAGUUAAUAUUUUUAGUGACAUUAUUUCAUUUAUCUAAAGUCCAAAAGGUAAUUUCCCCAGUUAUAAAUUAAGGAAAUAUUUUGUUGUGCUAACUUUAUGAUCAAAUUAUGUUAAUAUGGGUUCUUUAGCUUUUAUGAGGCUUGCUUUGUUUUAGAACGGUGCUAUUAACCAAUCAGUCUUUAUUCUUGAAAUGUCAGCUAUAAGGCUAGUGGGAAAAUGCCUCCUGUUUUCUUUAUGGCUGAAGUUCUUGAGGUUACUUUUAUAUUACUCUGGAAUCAAGUAUUUUAACAUUUUAGAAAUUCUCACAACAGUGGUUUGAAACACAUUUUAUAACGUUACUUGGCCUAAAGUGUCCACAGAGGAACUCUAGGUCCCUUCUUGCCAGAAACGCACACUCGAGGAUUGGUUCGUGUAGUUUCAGAGCAAUGAGCACUACCUGCCCCAAUAGAAGAGCUAGGACUCGGGUGCUGAUCUUUUUGACAGCCAUGGUGCUUAUUUAAAAAAAAAAAAAUGUUAACCCAAAACUGACACAUAGCAAAAAGAUUAAAUGAUGCUUAAAAAAUCAACAUGUUAGUUUCCUGCUUACAUUGAUGACAUCCCCAUUAUUUUGAAAAUGGAACAAGAAACACCCACACUCAUUCCUGUUACAUUAACUUUAUCUUUUUCUUAAAAUCUUAUUCUUGAAAUGUUAGCAAUUGGAUGAAGUACCCUUAUCCGUUCAGCUCUACGGACUGUUUCAGAGCAGUGUUACGCAGGAAAGGAUUAUGUAUCAGUUCUUAGUAGUGAAAGGUGCUCAGUACUACUUGAAAUGACUGUUUACAGGUCAGUGAUAAAGGGCCCGUGAUCCACGUGGAAUGUGACUUCCAGAGGCCCUCAAACACACAGUACUUCUUACCUCAAGUCCAGCCAUACGCUGUUAUUGCUAAAAUAUAAUCUGUAUUUUUAUAUGCAAUUUCUACUUUUAUAGAUUCGUUUUAAAAUAAAGCACAUUUUUAUAAAAUUGA